AGAAAAGAAGAGGGGGAGGGGUGGAGAGUGCGACUUACAGUAUAAAAAGGACUAUUCUUUGGCGAGGCAACGCAUAAGCCAAGCAAGACAUCUCCUCGACCAAGGCCCUAAAACCUGCACGAAAACAACCGAGACCUGCUACAAUGUUGGCUUUCCUGGCAAUUACCGUGUUGCUGCCUUUUCUUGCCUCCUGUGCGAAGGACCCGACCACAGUGUGUCUGCCGGACAAGCUUCAGUUUGCUACGUUCAACCUGAACACGGACGUGAGUAGUUUUAGUUGUAACAAAAUUGAAGCAAGAUUAUUUUAAGGCACCGAAUUGAUCGCAUGAGUUUUUUACAAAUUGCCCACGGAUUUAUGAAAAGUUUAUUAAUAUUUUCAAGAAUACUUCAGUUUUAUUUGAAUCUAUUUUAUUUUUAUUGUGUUUAAAUUAUGUAGUGGAAAACAUUUUUACAGGGUGAAACAUGGUUUAAAAUUAUCAUGCCAUUCUGAAACUCCAAAUGAAAUGGGAACCAGAACUUUUGACAUUAAAUACAACUAAAACUCUUUUUUUUUAAAUUAAUUACCCCAAGCUAAAAAAAAUAAUUUAAUCAAACUUUAAAUUUUUUAAAAACGUGUUAAAGAAACAACAGUAUAAUUAUCAAAAUCCAUAUUAAUUUUUAUGAAAAUUUCUCUUCGUUACCAUCAAUUAACUUAUGACUCUUCGGUACCAUCAAUCAACAUGAAUCUUCGGUACCAUCAAUCAACUUAUGACUCUUCGGUACCAUCAAUCAACUUAUGACUCUUCGGUACCAUCAAUCAACUUAUGACUCUUCGGUACCAUCAAUCAAUUAAUGACUCUUCGGUACCAUCAAACAACUUUGACAUUUGUUUGGCAGCAUUUUGUUUUUAAUUUUGUAAAAUCAUGAGUUGUUGAAGUUUUCGUUUUUGGGGUGUACCUUUUCAAACAAGAAUUUAAAAUAUGAAUGUUAUAUUUAUGUUUUACUGACCCCGACCCCAACACCCCCCCCCCCCCCCUAAGUUUUCGUUUUUUGGGUGUUCCUUUUCAAAAAAAAAUUUAAAAAAUGAAUGUUAUAUUUUUUUUUUACCGCCCCCCCCCCCAACCCCCCCCCCCCCCCCAAACACUCUUCAAAAAAUGUCCUCAGGUUGCUGGCGUUGGCGUCAUAGACUUCACAAAGAAAAUAAUGGCAAUGUCCAAUCCCAACUCGACCAUUGUUCAGGAUCUAGCUGCUGUAAGUAGACAUAAUAUCUGGACAUAAUAUGCAGAUAUAUCAUCUAGACGUGCGUUCUAUACAUAAUCUUGAGACAUAACCACCAGCCCUUACCUCAAGCAUAACGACGUAUAACUGUGGUAGAGGAUAUAUUGGACCUUGCACAUCCAUUGGGGAAUGAAUUACUCGAGGCGAAUAUUAUCUGUAAAGCAUCUAUUUCAAACGAUAUAUCAUUGCAAUCAACAUUAUAUGUCUCUUACGUGUGCUGUGUCCCUAAUUUCUUCAUUGGAUUUCCAUAGAGAAAAAUUUACUUCAAAGACGGGAAAGGCAACUGUAGAUCUAUCCCUAUGCCUGCUGACGACGUGCUACCCCAGUGUCUCCCAGGUAAAGAAACGCUCUUUGUCAGUUGUCGGCCGUUAAUAUUGAACAAGUGGUGUUGAAACACGACCACACGUUAUGUUUUUUUUUUUUCCAUUGGGUAUGAACAACGCUUUUUAAACUUUAGAAACUUGUAGGAGUCGUAAGUAUAGAAUAUGAGCAAGAGACGUUGUGAUCAGAGUAACUGUUGUUUCUAAGUCUGUACUUACAUACAUGUGCCAUGCGCAGUGCCCAGAUAGGCAAUACUUACAGAAAUGCUUGGAAGGUUGCACUUACAUACAUGUGCAAUGUGCAGUGCCUAGAUAUGCAAUACUUGUGGAAAUGUUUAUUUUAAAAAAACAGAUAGCCAUAAUAAAUAGUUUUUGAAAUAAAAACAGUGUAACAGUAUAUUAUGCAUGAAAAUUUUUCUUUCGGUGCUAUUUUAGAAUGUAAACGAAAUGUUCACUUUGAUAAGAGUUUAAACAUGUUAAUAACCGUACAGUCUUAUCAUGUGAUCACAUUCUUUCCAUCUCUGCGUGUCCACAGCCAAUGCCGUGUAUUUAGGCGAUGCGGCCUGGGGCUUCGGCCCCAACGCGUUGACCGAGGAGGCCUGGGAGAUCCCGUUUAACGGUGGCAUCAUGAGGCUGCUGUUGACCAACCAACCAGGCCAACCCAGAUACGUCAUGUUGUCCAAGACUAUCGACGGUAAGCAAGUCCUUGCUGGAAAUGAAUAUCAGGAAAUAGACUUUUGACGUGCACCCUUGUCACUGUUCAAUAGUCAUUCGUUCACGAAAUACUUAAAACCAUUGUUAUCUUUAAAACAUCAAGUUCAAAAUUUAUAUCACUGCUCUUUACAAGUAAAACGUAUUUGCGCCAUUUUGAUUUAAACCAUGAGAUUGAAUGCUUUUUUUCUUUUAAAUGAUCACAUUCAAAAACCCCUGAAAAGAAAGUAUUUCGUAUGCAUUCCUUAUAAAAUGUAACAUCGAGCCAAUUUAUUUUAUUUUUUUGGGGGGGGGGGGGGGGGGUAAGGGAAAAUUUGAAAAAAAAACAUACUAACAAGUGACGCACUUCAUAAGAAUUCCAAUUAGUGCCCCCCCCCCCAAAACCAACUCACAAACACACAAUUUUUUCACGCCCCUGAACUCUAUUAAUAAUCUAAUGACCCACCCGUCAUAGCACCGCAUAUUCAUCGGGAAUUUUCCUUCAUGCUCCCCUUGGAGGUUGGGAUUUGGGGCUGAAAUUUUGAUAGAAUGUGUUGUCAUCGGCACCGAUUCUAUCAGCCAAGUUUCAGCUCGAUAGCUUGACGGGAAAUGGGUCAAUUAGCCGUCUGAAGAUUUUGCCUGCCACCCAGUCAGUCACACAAAUACGAACGAGAGCGAAUUUAAAAUAAAGGAAUUUAAAAAAAAAAAAUCAAUAUUUAAAAAAUAGGUAAAAUCAUGUAUAGAGGAAUCUCACGAGAUUAAACUCCCCCCUUUUCAAGCGAUUAGAAUGGGCUCCAACCCCUCCCCACCCCCAAAAUUAGGAAUCAGAGGCACGCAAUGGGCAUGACAGAGAAACGAGAUGCAAAAAUUAAACGUAGAACGUGUUUGCGAUCGCAGCAACAAAAUUAUUAUUUUCUUUUAUCAAAGUUUUUUUUUUUCUCAGUAAGCACUAACUUUUUAAUUAUGUGCUUAUCCAAUCAAAAUCGAUACGUUACUAGUAGUUUAAACUUUGACCUCUUAGUUCCCACAUGUCCACGUCUCAUGGUUGGUUAUAUUUAUCCGUUAAUUUCAGCUCAAGGUCACGCCGAGACGAGCAUUUACCUCAACCCGACAGAAACCAUCACACAGACCAACCUGCUCACCAUCCCUGACCCCUGCCCCCCACCCACAGCUGUCUAGUGAUUGGAUGUUGGAUUUUGGCUGUUUUAUUUUGACAUUUUAUCCUUUCUUCAUAUCUCAAAUACCAAUAUUAUUAUACAUUAUUAUUAGAGAAAUAGAUAUAGAAUAAACAUCAAUAAAUGAUUGACUUAGUUUUGAAUUUUGAAAUAUUAUUUCUUAUUUUUGUUCCAUGC